AUGUCCGACUCUGGAUACCACCCGUCCCUCGACGACCCCAACGCCUACGUGCUCUACCGCUACCAUCCCAGCCUCCCGGCCGCCAUCAUAUUCGUCGUCGCUUUUGUGAUAACAACAUUCUGGCACUGCUGGCAAUGCGGCCGCACGCGGACGUGGUACUUCAUUCCGCUCAUCAUCGGCGGCUUCUUUGAGUGGGUUGGCUACGUCGGCCGCGCCCUCUCGUCGCAGGACCAAUGGGCGCUCGGCCCCUUCAUCCAGCAGUCGCUGCUGCUCCUCGUGGCGCCCGCCCUGUUCGCCGCCUCCAUUUACAUGAUCCUGGGCCGCAUCAUCCUCGUCACCGACGGCGAGCAGCACUCGCUGAUCCGGCAGAAGUGGCUGACCAAGAUCUUCGUCUCGGGCGACGUCAUCUCGUUCCUGGUGCAGGCCGGCGGCGCGGGCAUCAUGUCGGCCGGCAGCGCGUCGUCGAUGCACACGGGCGAGAAGAUCGUCGUGGCUGGCCUGUUCGUGCAGCUCGCCUUCUUCGGCUUCUUCAUGGUCGUCGGCCUGCUCUUCUACUCGCGCAUCUCGCGCCAGCCUACCGCUAAAAGCAUCGUCGACGACGGCUCCAUGCCCUGGCGCAAGCACUUCUGGGUCCUCAUGGCCGCCAGCCUGCUCGUCUUCGUCCGCAGCGUCUUCAGGGUCAUCGAGUAUCUGAUGGGCAACAACGGAUACCUGCUCAAGCACGAGGUCUUUCUGUACAUCUUCGACGCCGUGCUCAUGUUCGCCGUCAUGCUGCUGUUCAACCUCGUCCACCCCAGCGAGAUCACCCGCAUGCUGAAGGAGAGCGACAGGAGGGAGGUCGGCAUGGAGGAGAUCCGGGAGAGAUACAUGGAGGAUAACAGUGCGUGA